ACGAGAAAGAUGCUUGGUUCAAAACACCGCGUCGGAGCGCUGCGUUCAGUCAGCGGGUCUGCUGUAGAGGAGAACGGGCGCUGAGGGCUGUAGGAGGGCACACUCUACCUGUCUUUCUCGAAGGUUUGGCACCAGGUGGAUGAACAAGACAUUUCAAGGUCAUAAAGUGAUGUCAUCAAAUGCAUUGCCCUGUUGAGGAUCGAAUACAUCUCAGUCUGUUUUCAGUAUCUUGGAGCAGAAAUGAAAACGAGUGAAAUGUGGUUGUGAAUGUGUGUCUUUGAAGGACUAGGUGGAGGCAAGUGAAGGAGCAAGACCUUUGAUGGAUCCAGGAUUACUGCUGAGCUUUUGACAGACUGAUACAACAUGAAUGUGCAAGGAAAUGCACAAGCUGGAGAAAACAACCAACGGGAAAUACAAAACGAGGACAAGCAGACUUUGCUAGAAGCUGUAGAAGAUGCCAAUGCCAAUCAAAUCACCAAAGAAAAAAUUAAUUCAGAUGACCGAGAGAAUGACAGUUCCGUACCCAUGUCGCACUCUGAAGCAAAGGAGAGGAUCAUUAUCUGGGGAACACAUGCUCGAAGUGUAGACCCUGAGCUGGAAGAGUUUGAACUGCUGGAGUCUAAUGAGUUAGAAACAUUUAUUGUGGACAAAGAAGAGGUACACAUUUCGAGUGAGAGAAGACAGAAUGGAACAAAAAACUUUGGUGACAGGAAGUUGACUUUUGGAUCCCCUUGGAAAGACCACAAUGAAAACCACAGUGUGGAUGGAGAUGCAAAUGAGAACUCACAGCCCCUUGACCUCAGGACCUCUAGCUCUCGCUCUGGUGCAAACCGAACCCUGAGAGAUGGCCGAAGUGGAUCUGAAAGCAAUGUCUUUUCAUCUUCUCUUUCUGCAGUGACCAGCCUCAGUGGAAGUUUAGCCAGUGCCCUGGACACUGCAGGCUGCACACAGCCUCUCUAUUCCCAGUUCACCAAGUCUACCUCAGGCAAAGGCAGGAACCAGCAACCAGCUACUACUGAGUCCUUCAUCCACUCAGAGAGAAACAGGGAUCUUCCCAGGGAUUUGGACCAAAACCAUAACUCUACUAUACUGCCUCAGGAACCACAAUAUGACCGAAGUAAGCUAAUCACUCCAAGUGGUGCAUAUCCUUCAAAUGGAACCAUAAAAGUGCAUAAAUUCCCAAUGGAAGCGGAGCAGAAUACUGGAUAUAAAUGGAUGUCAACUGAGGUGCCGAAAGGUAUGGUGAGGGUACAACCUUCUUGUCGGCAGCUUGUCCGCCCUCUUUCUACAGAAAAGCGAUUAACCUCAGGAUAUCCCAACAGUGACCAGGCAGACCAACAACAAUCCCACUAUUCAGAGACCUGUCAUGGACAUCAACAAGUGCUAGCUUGUACAGAAGUCAACAGUAAUCCCAACACAGGCACAGAGAUGGUUCACAACCAGACCUUUACCAGAGAAGCCCAACGUAUAAAGAGGCAGAGCUCAGCAGAUCGUGCCGCAAGUCCCUCCAGCCUUGAAAGAAAGACACACUUCAGCCGCCGGGCCUACAGCAGUCCAAGUAGACCAUCCCCUCCUCCAUCCCCCAAGACCACAAGGUCUCCUCAAAGGCAUCCUUCAUCAUCACCCAUCAAAACUUUACCCUCUCGAGCUCCACAGUUGGGUUAUGCUGGGUACACUUCAGGCUUAAGAGCCCCAGUGAAAACAACUAUUAACACAAGCGUUCACAAACCUCUUGCACAGCAGACUUCAAUGGAGACCUCCCCGCCAAGCAAGUGUCUGCCAAAACCAAAAAGUGUCCGGCCCAAAAUCAUCACAUACAUUCGAAAAACCCCGCAGGUGAAACCCCAGCCCCUUGAAGGAUCUUACGAGGUGUCAUCCUUACCUACAAGGCUCUCAACAUACAGCAGCACACAGGCCAAACCAGCUGUAGGAGAUCAAGGGGAAGCAAGUGUGCUGAGUGCCUCAAAUUUACUCUACGAUAAGUAUCGACAAGAGAUGCAGAAGGUCCGAUUAUUCUCUCCUGGACUAAUGGGGUCUGGGAUUAAACCACCCAGCAACACCAUGCCUCACAAAAUGGCUGGCAGAUCGGACAGCUUCUACGGGUCUCUUAACAAGCCUCUAUCUGCAGCAGUGGGACGAUCCGCAGUUGGCCUUGGGUCUCCAGUGUCUGCAGCUGAGGACCCAUCUGGAUCACCUAUGGGAGCACAGGAUACAGGGAGUCUUUUUCGUUCACCACGGGGCCUAAGACCUCAACUUGGCGUUGGUGCUGUAAACAGGACUCCUUCUGUACUUGCAAAAGGCAGGAUGACCUUAACAAGUCACCCAAAGUCACCACUGACCAUCAGUCAACCAAUGCAGGCAGUUAACCCAACCACUCAAACUCCUCAGGAAACACAAGAUCAGAGAAAGCCGGUGUCGACGGGUUUAGCUGCUAAAUCUCUCCUGCCGAAGCCGGCUCAGGCUCAGUCUGGCCUGCGUCCUCCUGGUUAUUCGCGUCUCCCUCCGGCACGACUGGCUGCUUUUGGGUUCGUCCGAAGCUCCAGCGUCUCUUCUGUGUCUAGUAACCACUCCACUGACAGCACACGGAGUGACCCCUGCCGACCUGCUUACCGUAAGUUACUGUAAUAC